AUGACCACUGCUUCAGGCUGCAACAGCUGGUUCGAACCUGUGAAGGCGCCGCAAUGUGCUGCUUAUUUGUCCAAAGACGCUGGACCAUCUGUGCGAGGCCAAGGUGAGCUCAUUUCCACGCAGCAGCGGAGGAUAGAAGCCCAGGAGCAGCAGAUGCAAUUGAUGGAGGAACGCCUCGCGCAACAGGAUGACGAGUUGGUGCAGAUGGAUCAGCAGCUCCAGGAGCAGCAGCUGCAGCUCCAGCAGCAGGACCAGCGGCUAGAGCAGAACGAUCAGCAGCUGAAUGAGCAUCAGCAGCAGCUGGAGCAGCAGGAGCACGAGUUGGAAAAGCAGAUGCUGCUGACUGACGCGUUCAUCAGCACGGCAUCGAGCAGCAGCGUGAAGCCCUCCAAACAGGAAGCCAGAGGUGGUGCUGGCAAUCAAGCCAAGAGGUGGGCAGCUGAGGCGUGGAAAGACGGACCUGAAGCCCCUCGUGGCCCGAGUCCAGCAGCGGCGCCCUUGAAUGCGGAUGGCGCGGCGACAGUUGGGGCCGGCGGCGCCCUUGCCGGUAGCAGCAGCGAGCGACCUCUGGCUCUUGGCCGCGCCAAGGUUGACCCGGGGUCAGCAGCCAAGCCCUCUUCACAGAAAGCUGGUGGACAACUUUGGGAUUCUGUGAUGGAGCUUUGUGCAGAGAGACGUUUUCUGGAGGCUUACAAGCAGGUCAUUGCAGAGCCUGAAGAAACCUGCUUGCUUCAGCUCAUGAAGCAUACAGGUCCAAUUGUUGACAGACUGGAUGCCGAGAGCAACUCGAGAUUGAUCAGGCGCCUGAUACAUAUCCUCUCGUCACCGGCAAAGGACCCGGCUGCCACCAGCAUCGAGCAGAUCUUUUCCUGGCUGUGGCAGGCCCUGAACCAGGGCAUUCACUUCACGGCCUCCCAAGUCGAGGAUCUUGUCUCUGCUCUUCAGAAGGUCUCAUCUGCCCAGUCCCCACUCAGCGCUCCGGAGAAGGCUGAAGCAGCGCAGCUGCUGCAACAGGAGUUCGUUUUGUUCGCGUUCUUCGCGUUCUUCUGCCAGGCUAUUGGAGAGCAUUGCGCAAGUCCACAAAAGCUCUCCUGGUGGAGCAAGGAAGAAGCCUCACUGAGGACAAGAGCUUGGUCAGCUUUUGCUGUGAGACUUGAGUUUCGCUGGCUUCCGCUGGCGGCUUCAACAUGUAGAUUGCUCGUGAAGUGGUUGAUGAUGUUCGACUCCGCAUUGCAUGGAGUGAGCUCCCAAGCACUGCACUGCUUAGCGGUGGAACAAGACUGUGCCAACAGCUGCCGCGCUGGAGACAGCUUUAGCUACUUGAGAACGCGGGGAAGCCACGAGGAUGCACAGCUCUUGCCUGAAGAGUGUGGCAAGAGCAUGUGCCUCCGUGUGCUGCAAGUUCAAGAUCAUGAGACCAUCAGAGAUUCUGUGGUCGAUUGGUUGAAGCAGCCUCUGCUGCCGCUAACGACCCAUUGCGCUGCCUUCAAGCCGGAAGGAAGCUGGCUGAGUACGCAGCCUCCUCAAAGUGGAGGAAGCCUACCGUCGGCUCCUGCCAGCUUCAAGGCUGGCAAACCCAGAAAGACCAGAGAUUUUAUCGAUGGUGAAAUAACCCUGCGUUCCACGGGCACGAGGCAUGUAUGGGAUGGCGAAAGCCUGGACCCACGCUUUGUCACCGAAGAACAAACGACACAUGCAAUCAGCGGGCAGGUGGCAACUCUCAUAUGCCGCUAUGUGGAAGAGGGGAAGCCAAAAGCAGAGGCUCGGGAUAAGAAGGAUGACGAGUUCCACGAGGACCACUUCCUGCGUCGAAGAUGGUGCUGCUGUCCCCGCAGAAGAAAGAAGCCGGAUUUGUCCCAUGAGGCCGUCUUGACCUUUCUGAAUGACAUAUCCGAUUCGCUUUAUUUUUGCAAGCAAGUAGUUGUUCUUUGUGCUAUUUACAUUGAGCGCUUGAUAGAGCAGACUGACACUGUGUUGACGAUUGGCAAUUGGCGUUCUCUGGUCACUGCUGGACUGCUGAUUGCAUCCAAGGUGUGGGAAGACAUCCAUCCCUGGAAUGCGGACUUCGAAGAAUGCCUUCUCGAAGUUGCAGGUAUUCGGUACAAGAGCGGUGCGCUGUACCGCUUGGAGUCCAUGUUCCUGAAAAAGCUGCAGUGGAAGGUUUUCGUCGAUGCCAAGAUUUAUGCUGCCUACUUCUUCUCCUUGAUGGAAGGAAUUAGGCAGAGCCGAAGCCAAAAGUUGAAACAACGACUUCAGCGGCCAAGGCACCACUCUGACUUCGCUCCAAUCAAAGAGGAGCACUUUGCCGAGACGGACUCCGAAAUCGAUUUGGAAAGGGGCCUGUCGCCCGAGCAGCGUGGAAUCUCAGAGCGCAGCUCCAGCUCUUUGUCUUCUGCGUCGCCAGACGUUCGUGGCAGGGAUGACACGGACAGUGUUCUUAGCAGUGGUUCCCUGCACAGCGCGCGUGAUUGCUGGCGUCUCGAUGCUGGAAAUCCACACAUCGGCUCCCUGCGACAUGCCCCACGGGCCCUGGCUCCUUCUCGGCACAUACCCCAGAGCGAGGAGCUCCUCUGGGCGCACAGGUUAGCCUCCAAAACCACGAACAUGUUCGGGCUCCCGAAAGGCCGCCACCCUGAGGCACUCACACUCUCCGGAGCGACCGGAAAUCAGCUGAAGACCGAGCUCCUGCAGUAUCUGAAGAAGCGGGGAGAGGAGAAAACUGGCGUCCAGGCCGAGGCUCGUGGAUUGAGCAUCCUGGAGGAGGAAGGUGUGUGGUCAGAUAACUCUCCAAGCAAGUGA